AGCGGUGCGAUACGAGAACUAUCUUGUAGCCGCUGGUAACUACAUUCCUGAUCCUGCGGAUCGAAUGGUAAAGAGUCGACGUCGCCCUAAACACGUCAUUUCGGAUCCUUUCGAUCCACUAACGGUGCUUUUAUGUACCUCAAGCACCGAUCAUUGUUCUCGUCAAACCCGUCGCUUGCAACGAAGGGCUCGAUGAGUAAUUUAACCAACGGCGGAUCCAGGGGGUGGGUCAUGGGGUCAUGACCUCCCCUGAGCUAGUUCCAGGACUUGAAUUAACUUGGACUAGUUGAAGAAUUUAUCAAAUUAUCAAAAUUAAAUUAUAAGUUCUUAACUUGCCCACGACUAUGUGACCCCCUCCUGGCGCCAAAGCUGGAUCCGCCCUUGAAAUUAACCUACAGAAAACCCACUAGGUUUCUCGCCGGAUCUUAGUGGGUUGCGUUUCCGAUCCGGUGGUAGAUUCUGUGAAGCACUGCUCUUGCUAGGGUGAGUGUUAGCAACGUCGUCAGGGUUGAGCCACACGAGCUCACCUACUAAUUCUGCGAAUCUCGUAUAACCCCUCGAGGUUACUAGAAUAGGUAGGAAAAAGAAAAAGAAAAAAAACACCGCUCUGCGUAUUUUUGCCGUGAAGCAUUAAUGCGUUUUGGUAUGAAAGGUGGGGCAGCUUUUGUAAUAUAAAACUAAGACUUAGAAAUCAUGUCCCAAAUUGAGUGGCGGCAUUUACAUAGGUACUUUGUUGAUAUGUAUGGGUUCCAGUACUACGUAACACCAGGUGGACCGUAAGCUUCCAUGGGUAUGUAUGUAAGUAAAAAAAAUGUGAGCCGUCACAGGAUGCCUGGUAGAUGUGAAACAUUGAGAUUAUUUUGUAAAAGUAAUAUGCAGAAAAGAACAGAUUGUGAUAGGAACUAAAUAUGUCAUAAUGAUAAAAUAAAAUAUUACGAAAAAAUAAUUUGUUUUCAAGUAAAACACAGGUUAUGUGUACUGUAGUAAACAACACUAUACACUACGGAGUAUACACUAUAGGUAUCUGAGCUCAGUGUAGCGAGAGAGAUGGCUUAACGCUGGAUCGAGUGGGAGAGAAUCAAAAUGUUUCCCGGUAAAGUAUAGGAUUUUACUACAGUAGAAUACGAGUAGAACCUUUUUUAUUUUCCUAUUGAAUUACUUUAAUGAUUAAUUAUCGUUGUUCAUCAUUCAUUCAUUGAACAAACAAACAACAGACAGAAACAUACUUCAGUAUUUUCAUUUCUUUUCUUUUUAUAGCUUAUAUGGGUGGACGAGCUCACAGCCCACCUGGUGUUAAGUGGUAUCCGGAACCCAUAGAUAUCUAAAUCGUACCUAAAAGCCGCCACCCAUCUCGAGACAUGAGUUGUAAGGUCUCAGUUUUUACAGUAACACGGCUGGCCCACCUUUCUAAUCUAAACGCAUUACUGCUUCACGGCAGAAAUAGGUGGGGUGGUGGUACCUACCUGUGCGGACUUACAAGACGUCCUAACCCCAGUUUAUUUAUUUAUUUCAUUUUUUGUUGCUGUUCACAGGAAGACGAACACCUGAUAUUCAGUGAACUCAUAGACGUGAACGUAUUGCUCAUAAUUACCAACUGACAUGAGGUUGAUCGGUCGGAUCGGAUGCCUGGAUCUUGUCUCCAGUAUGAACCUCCGAGAUUGAACCUUCCGCAUGACACUAAAGACUUCAUUUUUGACAUGACAUCACAUGAUAAUAAUUUUUUUAGUAGCACGGACUCAGUAAUGCUGUGGGGUAUUGUAUUUCAUCGGAUAUUCCAUGAUGACCUGGAACUUGACUCAGUAAGUAUCUACAGUCGGCAUCAUUGCGCCACUUCCAGAAGGCGGCACGACUUGAGAAAUCUCUUCUCGUGGCCGCUGGAAACUACGUACCCGAUCCUGUAGACCAAAUGGUAAACAGUCGAUGUCGCCCAAAACACGUCAUUACGGAUUCUCCCGAUCGGUGCUUUUAGGUACCACAAGCACCAGUCACCGUCCUCGUCGAACCCGUCGCUUACGACGAAGGGCUCGACAAGUGAAUUACACAUAAACACAGCCCACUGAGUUUUUCGCCGGAUCUUCUCAGUGGGUUGCGUUUCCGAUCCGGUGGUAGAUUCUGCGAAGCACUGCUCUUGUUAGGGUCAGUGUUACCAUCACUUUGGCUUGAGCCCCGUGAGCUCACCUACUAGCUAAGAUUGCGCUGAAAUAGCCUCUCAAGGCUAUCAGCUUAGGUAGAGAAAAAAUCGGAUAAGACUCCAUAUGUCUAAAAUAUAUACAUGCCUAUCUAUAAACAGCGAACUUUGUAUAUGUAAACACAUAUUUCAUCAUCGCCUGGUCCUGUUGAAACAUAAUGUCGACAGUUAUUCCACGGUCAUCCAGGGAGAGAUAGCAUUCGACCUCCCCACCCUAAAAUUUGAAUUUCCCCCCUUUACUUAUUGAACGGGGAUGAGUUUGCUACAGUGGACUGUUAACUCUUCUUCAAUGACAUCGCUCACAGGAAUGUGACCUUUUCAUCAAGCCACGCUAAUUUUGACCAGUUUUAAUGAAUUAUUUGUUUUACUGGGCUUUAGCUGGUAUGGUACCGUGUCCCUUCCAAAAAUAAACCUUUUGCAAAUAUGUAUAGGUUUUGAUGCGUUUUUCUUGCGUAGGUGUAUUAUAAUCCCAAUAUUUCUAGAAUCGUCUUUAACUUUUUAACUCGCCGCAAAGAUUAUGGAGGAUUACGUUCAUGAAAGUAAGUGCGUGUGGUAAUUACAAAUUAUGUGAUUGAAUACUUUAUUAUCUUGUUUUGAUGUUAUCUACAUGUCAGCAGCAUUUAUAAAAGAGGUACAGUUUAUAGAAUCUUGAACAGUGUUGCGAAUUAUUGUAUUCGCGAGAAUGCGAUUUCAAGGCAUACUUUUAAUUUGUAUGUUCUGUUUUAGUUUCGGAGAUGCUCGAUCAUCUCCGAACGUUGAAGUGGUGAGAACACUUUUUGGUAACGACAAAGGCGCCCGUUAUUCUAAUAAUGUAAUCGAAGAUGCUGAAUUGGAUGUGCCCGACCUAAUCAGGAAAUAUGGCUAUCCCGUAGAAGUUCAUCACGUGUCCACCCCAGAUGGUUAUAUCCUGGAAAUGCAUCGUAUCCCUCAUGGACGAUAUGCGAACAACAGACCUAAUAGUAAAAAACCUGUCGUUUUCCUGAUGCACGGUCUGCUCUGUUCCUCAGCUGACUGGGUGAUGACAGGCCCUAAACUUGGACUGGGUUAUAUUCUAGCUGAAGAGGGAUAUGAUGUUUGGAUGGGUAACGCUAGAGGCAAUUAUUAUUCCCGAAGACACAUUUCUUUAAACCCAGAUAGCUUCAUUAGUACUCAAUUUUGGAAAUUUUCUUGGGACGAGAUAGGAAAUAUAGAUUUGCCCGCUAUGAUAGAUUUUUCACUGAGGAGAAGUGGACAAAAAAAAUUGCAUUAUAUUGGGCAUUCUCAGGGAUCAACUGCCUUCUUUGUGAUGACAUCAUUACGUCCGGAGUAUAACCAGAAAAUCAUAUCAAUGCAAGCGUUGGCACCUGUAGCGUACAUGGGUCACAACAAAAAUCCUUUAUUGCUAGCUAUAGCACCAUUCGCCCAUGAAUUAGUGACUUUAGCAUCAUUAAUAGGAAUUGGGGAGUUCUUGCCGAACAGUAGGGUUUUCACUUGGGCAGGACAAACCUUUUGUAAGGAUGAAGUUGUGUUUCAACCUAUAUGCAGCAACAUUCUUUUCUUGAUCGGUGGAUGGAACGAACAACAGCUCAACACGACUUUACUGCCCGUGAAAUUCGGUCACACUCCCGCUGGUGCUGCAGCAAGACAGUUGGCUCAUUAUGGUCAAGGAAUUGCCGGAAAGGAAUUCCGUCGUUACGACCACGGUAGUAGACUAGCAAACAGAAGAGCCUAUGGAACUAGCACUCCGCCAAAGUACGACUUAUCGAAAGUGACCGCACCCGUGUUCCUUCACUAUUCCGACAAUGAUCCUCUCGCCGAAAUCGAGGAUGUUGAGAUAUUGUAUAGAGAGCUCGGAAACCCAGUAGGAAUGUUCCGGGUGCCCUUGGCGACAUUCAACCAUUUAGAUUUCUUGUGGGCCAUUGACGUUAGGACUUUGUUAUACGACACUGUCAUCUAUUAUAUGAAAACAAUGAACGAGGACGCUUAAAUAGUUUUACAUUUAUGAAAUAAUUUUGUUAUUUUUAAUAAACCAUUUACCGCAUAA